AUGGGAAAAUGUGAUGAAACUAAUGUCGAAGUUAGUAUGGGGGACUCGGCGUCCCCCAUGAAACCUGAUAACUUUACGUUCACUGUGCCUCCUGAAGCUCCUGUUUUUGAGCCAACGCCUGAAGAGUUCCUAGACCCAUUAGCGUACAUCAGCAAAAUAAGACCCAUCGCUGAGAAGUCUGGGAUUUGCAAGAUAAAACCCCCCGCGCAUUGGCAGCCUCCCUUUGCAGUGGACGUGGACAGACUGCGAUUCACGCCAAGAAUACAACGAUUAAAUGAAUUAGAGGCUAUUACUCGAGUGAAGCUGAACUUCCUAGACCAGAUAAUCAAGUUCUGGGAGCUUCAAGGAUCUGUCCUCAAGAUACCGACUGUGGAAAGGAAACCGCUAGAUUUGUACGCCCUGCACAAAAUUGUACGGGAAGCAGGUGGUUUCGAGGUAUGUUCCGCGGAAAGAAAAUGGUCGAAGAUAGCACGUCGUAUGGGUCACCCUCAAGGGAAGGGGAUAGGAUCUAUCCUCAAGAAUCACUACGAGCGUAUGCUCUACCCCUACGAUGUGUUCAAGAACAGCGGCACCAUGAGCAGCGGAACGGAUAGUAAAGAGACGAAAAUCGAAGUAAAAGGCGAGCAGACACCAGAGAAGGCAGGGCGUAGGUCGAGCAAGCCGCCGGCCGCGACGCCGCCUCCCGCGCGCCGCUACAAGAGCUCCGAGCCCGAGCCCGCUGAGGGCAGCCACACUGAGGGGGCUCUGCCCUCCACGGACGAUAAGAAGACCCCCAUCAAGGAAGAACCAGGGGAGACCAGACGGAGUCCACGCGAGAACAAAUGGAUGUCUCAGCCGGGCAGCUGCGGGGCGCGCGCGCGCGUGCUGCGCUCCACGCGCCUGCGCGAGCACCGCCUCUCCAACAUGACGGUGUCGGUGACGCCCGCGCCGCCGCCGCUGCACCCCGACGACCCGCUCGCGAAGUACAUGUGCCACGUGUGCGGGCGCGGCGACAUCGAGGAGCAGAUGCUGCUGUGCGACGGCUGCGACGACUCCUACCACACCUUCUGCCUCGUGCCGCCGCUCGCCGACGUGCCCAAGGGCGACUGGCGCUGCCCCGUCUGUCUCGCUGAGGAGGUAUCAAAACCGACGGAAGCGUUCGGGUUCGAGCAGGCGAGCCGCGAGUACACGCUGCAGCAAUUCGGCGAAAUGGCCGACCAGUUCAAGUCUGACUACUUCAAUAUGCCCGUACAUAUGGUACCAACAUCUACGGUGGAGCGCGAGUUCUGGCGCGUUGUAUCGUCCAUAGACGAGGACGUGACAGUUGAGUAUGGGGCUGAUCUACACUCUAUGGACCAUGGAUCUGGUUUCCCAACAAAAUCCAGUGCACAUUUGUAUCCUGGUGAACAGCAAUACGCUGAGUCUAGCUGGAAUUUAAACAACCUGCCUGUUCUGGAAGGUUCUGUCUUGGGACACAUUAAUGCUGACAUAUCAGGGAUGAAGGUUCCAUGGCUGUACGUCGGCAUGUGCUUCGCGACAUUCUGCUGGCAUAACGAAGACCACUGGAGUUACUCCAUCAAUUACUUACACUGGGGCGAGCCGAAGACUUGGUACGGAGUGCCCAGCUCCAAAGCGGAGCAGUUUGAGGCGGCGAUGAAGGCCGAGGCGCCGGAGCUGUUCCAGCUGCAGCCGGACCUGCUGCACCAGCUCGUCACCAUCAUGAACCCCAACGUGCUCAUGAAGGCUGGGGUGCCUGUCUACAGGACGGACCAGCACGCGGGCGAGUUCGUGAUCACGUUCCCGCGCGCCUACCACGCCGGGUUCAACCAGGGGUACAACUUCGCGGAGGCCGUCAACUUCACGCCCGCUGAUUGGCUAAAAAUGGGUCGCGAGUGCAUCGCUCACUACUCGACGCUGCGCCGCUACUGCGUGUUCUCGCACGACGAGCUGGUGUGCAAGAUGGCGCUGGAGGCGGACGCGCUGUCGCUGACCGUGGCGCUGGCCGCCUACCGCGACAUGCGCGCCAUGCUGCACGACGAGCGCAAGCUCAGGAAGGGACUGUUGGAUUGGGGUGUAACGGAGGCGGAGCGCGAGGCGUUCGAGCUACUGCCGGACGACGAGCGCAUCUGCCACGAGUGCAAGACCACGUGCUUCCUGUCGUGCGUGACGUGCGCCUGCACGCCGCACGUCGUGUGCCUGCGCCACCACGACCGCCUCUGCGCCUGCCCGCCGCGGCACCACAGGCUCAGAUAUCGCUACACGCUGGACGAGCUGCCCGCCAUGCUGGAGAAGCUGAAGCGCAAGUCGGAACAGUUCCGCGAGUGGGCGGAGGCUGUGCAGAACGCGCUGGACCCGGACACGCCCAAGACUUGCGACUUAGAUGGACUUAGGGCUCAUCUGAAGAGAGCCCAUGACUUGAAGAUGCACAAGACGGAGCUGGUGCGCGCGCUGGAGACGGCCAUCGAGGACGCGGAGAAGUGCGCGUCGGUGAUCCAGCAGCUGGACCUAAACAAGAUGCGCACGCGCACGCGCCACCACGACCCCAAGUACCGCCUCUCCAUACACGAGCUCACGCUCUUCGCGGCCGAGAUCGACGGGCUCGCCUGCGUGCUGCCUGAAGGUUCAGCAGUGAAAGAAGUUUUACGACAAACAGCGGAAUUUGAAGACCUGGCGACGGAAAUAUUAAGUAAAGAACUCGACGAAUGUGACGCAGCUUCUGUCAGGGAGUUAGAAGAAGUGGUAGACCUAGGAUCGCGUCUCUGCAUCGUCCUCCCACAUCUAUCAGCACUCCAAGCGCGGCUUCAACAGGAGAAGUUCAUCCUGUCAGUGCGCGCCCACCGCGAGGACUGCUCCACACUGACACCUGAAGUCAUAGAUAAGCUACUAGCCGAGGCAGAGACGGUGGUGCCUCACCGACGAGUCGAGAUUGAGAGAGCUACCUUGUAUAAGCUUAAAUUGCAAGUAGAGGACUGGGAGCGACGUGCCAAAGCCAUCCUCGUGGAUACAAAGGAUACAAACGCAACUGCGGGGAAGUCCCGGGACUCGGAGUCGUCUUCGGAGUCAGAGGAGCACAUAACAGUGGCUGAGCUGGACGCACUCCUCGCGGAGGGAGAGGAUAUAGAGGCCGCCCUGCCCUCCCAUCAUGCGCUGCAUACUGCUGCUACGCAUGCGAGGGAUUGGCUUGCUAAGGUGGAGGAGAUGCAGUCGAAGGAGCUGUACCCGUACAUGCACAGCGUGGAGGCGCUGGCGCGGCGCGGCGCGGCGCUGCCGCUGGCGCUGCUGGAGAAGCGGCAGCUGGCCGCCGCUCUGGCCUCCGCGCGCGACUGGCAGCAGGGCGCCGCGGACAUGUUCCUCAAGAAGAACUGGCCAUACUCUCUCCUGGAAGCGCUGUCCCCGCGCACCGAGUGCGGGCCCCCGGGGCGGCGCCGCGGCCGCGGGGACGCGCCCGAGGCGGGGCUGCUCAAGCACUUCAGCGAGGACGCGACGCCCACCGAGAUCGUGGCGGCGUUCAAACAGGCCGAGCAGAGGGAGCUGGCCGCGAUUAAGGAAUUAAGAACAAAGAAUAUGCGUAAAGAAGUGCGAGCGCCGCCCACCGCCGGCGUCACGUUCUGCCUUUGCCAGAAGAGGCAGUACGGGGUCAUGACGCAGUGCGAGCUGUGCAAGGAUUGGUUCCAUGCAUCAUGCGUAGCAUCAGCUCGCGAGGAUACGGAAGACAGGGAAGAGUCACCGGACAGGAUAGAGCUACCAUUCCCCUGUACUGAGACGAAAUUCCUCUGCCCAGACUGCACGCGGACCAAGCGGCCACGUUUGCAUCGGAUAUUGGCUUUAUUGGUGUGGCUGCAGAAGCUGCCCGUGCGCCUGGCGGAGGGCGAGGCGCUGCAGUGCGUGACGGAGCGCGCCAUGGCGUGGCAGGAUGCGGCGCGCGCGAUGCUGGCGGCGCCUGCGCUGGCCGCGCUGCCGCCGCGCGACCGCCGCGACCGCCGCGACCGCGACCGCGACCUGCCCGCGCCCAGGUCAUCAGCGAGCGUGGAGCACGCGUACAGCGCGACGCCGCGCAGCGCCGCCGCGCGCGUGGCGCCCGCGCUGCUGCAGAAGCUGGAAGAGCUCAUGCUGGAGGGGGACCUGUUGGAGGUGCGGCUGGAGGAGCAGGCGGCGGUGUGGAGCGCGGUGUGCGCGGCGCGUGCGGGCGACGGGCGGCGCGCGCCGCGCGUGCUGGACGCGGGCCGCCGCAAGCGCGCGCCGCCGCCCGCGCGCGCCAAGCACCACCCGCUCAAGCGCACGCGCCCGCUGCACGGCACAAGUACCACUAAGACAACGAUAAAAAGAGGCUCAGCUACUACGACGAAUUACUUAAAUAGAAAACAGGGCAUGUCGUCGGGCUCUGGGCUGAUGAUGCGCAAACACUACAUGGCGCGCCAGGAGCGCCGCAAGCGGGGCCUGCCCGCGCGCCACCACUCCCGCCAGUCGCGUCUGGCACAAACUCGCGCGACGCUCACCAGCAGCCGCGCGGCCAUGCGCAGUGCGGCCAGCUCCGCGCGCCGCUCCUCCUCCUCCUCCCACUCCUCGGCUGAUGAUGACGAGGACUGCGCCGUCGCCACCUGCUUGCGCCCUAUUGGUAAGGUGCACUGGGUUCAAUGCGAUGGCGGCUGCGACCAGUGGUUCCACCUGCAUUGCGUAGGCCUCAGCCUGAGCGCGCUCAGGGAAGACGACGACUACGUGUGCGGCUCCUGCGCCGGACAACGUGCACGACAU